GUCACGAAACACGUGUCACGUGUUAAUUGAUGGGUAGAAAUCGAAUUUUGGUUGGUUGUACUGCAAACAGCUGAGUUAUUGCCAAAAACUAGUUUGGAACUGCAUCGUCAUUCUAGUAGUGAACUUGGCUGCAUUCACAAGUGCCUGCACCGUUGUCGUUUUGUAUUUUGGUGACUUUUUGAGGGUGAAAAUAAAUCAAUAUAUUGCACUAAGGAUGGCAGUUUGGGGCAAGAUCAAAAUCACCAGUAGUGGAAAGAACACCGCUUCCAUCCAACCUGCACCGAUCUUGAGGUUUUCCGAAACCCUAGCCAACGCGCUGGGAAAUCGCAAAGCCAAGUACAAGGACGUCUCGAAGGACCUCAACAAAUUGAUCAACAAAGAAGAGGAAGAGUCCCCGAUCGCGGCGAAGCCCCCUUUCGACGUAGAGCGCAUUAAGCUGGUGAUGCAGCGAAUAAUUCGGCAGCAGUUUAACCUCAAGGACGAGGACGGAGAUCCCAUCAAAUACGUUUACAACCCGGCCAAGAAUCUCGAGUUGAGUCAGAAGAUUGCAAAGGCGAUACAGGACAGGGUGCGAUCUUACAACUACUCGCGGUAUAGAAUAGUGAGCUUUUGUUCGGUAAUCGAGAAGGAAAAUCAAGGCGUCAGUUACAAAAUGAAGUACGCCAUCGAUCCGUACCUGGACAACUACGCGCAGUAUGUGCAUGACAUGGCCAAGUUUUGGGUAAUUGCCACCGUGCUGCUGGUGCACAAGGAUUAGAGUAUACUUACGUUCGAACAUUCAAAGUACAGAACGAUGUCCACCGGCGCGAUGAACUUUUCAAAUUCCGGUCCCUGAGCCGGUUCACGAGGGUAGCUGAAAGCACAUUAAAAUAACUUUAUAAGUAUUCCACCUAGAACAAAUAUCGACUCCCACUCACCCAUCGAUCAGAUAACCGACGGUGCCGCCGAGCGCCUUCGUCAUGGCCGCCUCCAGCAGCUUCAGCACGGUUUCGUUCGACACCAGCAGGCCCUUCUUCAUCAUCUCCUGCAGCUCCUUGCCCUGGUCCGAGCCGGACGCGACCUCAUCGCGCAGCAGAUCGCCGGUGCUAAAGUGCGAAAAGUUGUACUUGGCCACGAUUUUCUCGCACUGGGUGCCCUUGCCGCAGCCGGGACCGCCCAGCACCCAGAUGAUUGGCACGUUCGAGUCACGAAUCUGGAACGGGCAUAUUUUGGGGGGGUUUGGAAUAAUAAGUUAUGCACGUGAAACAUCAAAAUUUAGUGUGUUCUUUUGUAGUGUCUGAAGCUGGCAGUUAGGAAUUAGGGCACGUAUGUUAAGCUUUGAAGCAAGUUAUGGGCGUUUUAAGGUCAUACAAUGUAGGCAAUUUGUAGCCAACAGCUGAAAUCAAUGCUGAAGCCAUUUGGUAUCGGAAAAUCAAGUUGCAUGAUAACCAGAGAGAGAGAGAGAGAGAGAUAGCGCACGUUACUAGCUUAGUACGAUUAAAUAGCUGUACUUGUUUUU